AUGGCACUGUUCAAAGCUUUGCGGCUGCAACGCACGGUCUCAUUCUUUACCUGCGUUGCACUGGUUUCCAGUCUGCUGGCAAACUACCCAGCAAGGGCUCUCAUCAAACAGAACAGGCACACAGUGACAACGAGAGCAACACUCCAGAGCUACGUCAAUGGUUCUGGAUAUUCCGUGACGUCCACUAGUGAGUCAAACGGCGUUCUCACCCUUCACCUCGCUUUGAAUCCAACCUUCACCUUUACGCCUUACGGCUCAGACCUGGCAGCGCUUGUGGUCACGGUGACGAAGACGGAAAGCGACAGUGUUCGUGUGAAGAUCGUGGACAAGAACACCAAGCGUUGGGAAGUGCCACCAAGCCUCUUCACAAGCGGUACUUUGGGGAUAAACACCACGAAAACAACAUCGCAUGCGGACCCAAUGUACUCAUUCAGCUACACGCACAACCCGUUCACGUUCAAGGUCGUGCGCGAGUCGGACGGCUCUACGCUCUUCGAUUCGUCUGGUACCCCGCUGGUCGUGAAAGAUCAGUAUCUGCAGAUAUCGACAGUGCUGAGUAGCGACGUCAGUGUCUAUGGUAUUGGUGAAAGCACACGCGACAACUUAGAGAUGGUUCCAGGAGACAAACAAACGCUGUGGGCUCGCGACCAACCGUCGAGUACGGCGAAGGUCAACACAUACGGGUCACACCCGUUUUUCCUCGGACUCGACGGCUCUGGUCAAGCUUACGGUGUUUUGCUGCUCAAUAGCAAUGGAAUGGAUGUCACUAUGGACAGCGGACACCUCGUUUACCAAACGAUUGGGGGCGUGCUUGACUUCAAUAUCGUUGUUGGACCCACGCCGGCAAACGUUGUGUCGCAGUAUACGAAGCUCAUCGGACGUCCAAAACUCAUGCCGUACUGGUCGUACGGAUUUCACCAGUGCCGCUGGGGAUACGAAUCCGUUGACGAACUGCGCAAUGUCGUACAAAAGUACGCUCAUAACGAUCUCCCGCUCGACGUGAUUUGGGCCGACAUUGACUACAUGAAGGACUUCCACGAUUUUAAGCCGGACCCGAUCAAUUUCUCACAAGACGAGGUGGCCGAUUUCUUGGAUGAGAUCCACUCCAGUGGACAAAAGUUUGUACCGAUUAUCGACCCUGGGAUUCCUGACGAUACUGAUGACUAUGCGUACACCAGAGGUUUGGCCAUGGAUAUCUUUAUCAAGGACACAAGUGGCAAGCCAUACUUGGGUCAGGUCUGGCCAGGCCCGACAGUGUUCCCUGAUUUCUUCCACCCGAGUGCGAAGUCGUUCUGGGGCGAACAGAUUCAGCUCAUGUACAAGAGCCUAGCAUUCGAUGGUCUUUGGAUCGACAUGAAUGAGCUGGCCAACUUUUGCCCUGGAACAACUUGUGUGCGUCAAGCAAGUGUUGCGUGUCCCAACACAAGUAGCCUCACAACGUGCUGCCUGAGCUGCUCGAAUGAUGGCAACAAGUACGACAAUCCACCCUUCAAAAUUAACAAUGUCAAUAGCCGGGAAGCUAUCCACAACAAGGGCAUCUCGACCAGCGCACUGCAUUUUGGUAAUGUACUCCAGUACGAUGCUCACAAUUUGUACGGCAUGACUGAAUCCAUCGCGACCAACAGCAUCCAGGAAGAAUUGACCAUCAAAAGGUCCUUCGUGCUCUCCCGUUCGACAUUCCCAGGCAGUGGCGUCCACGUUGCUCACUGGACUGGCGACAAUGCUGCUACUUGGAAAGAUCUCCGCUGGUCGAUCAUCACUGUUUUGAAAUUCGGGCUCUUUGGCAUUCCCAUGACCGGUGCCGACAUUUGUGGCUUCUUCGGUGUCUCCAGUAUGGAGCUAUGUGCGCGAUGGACGGCUCUAGGCUCGUUCUACCCCUUUGCUCGCAACCACAACAACAUCGAUGCACCUUCUCAAGAGACUUAUAUCUGGCCAGAGGUGACGAAAGUGGGGCGAAAGUUCAUUGGCAUGCGGUACCAACUCCUGCCGUACAUCUAUACGCUCGGAUAUCACGCGCACGUAGAUGGCUUGCCGAUUGCUCGCCCACUGUUUAUGGAGUUUCCCGCCGACGUCGCCACGCACGAAAUUGACCAUCAAUUCAUGUUUGGUGACGCGCUGCUGGUGACACCUGUGGUGACUCAAGGAGUCACGUCCGUGACCGGGUACUUUCCAGCGGGCACCUGGUUCAACAUAUUCGACUGUUCCAAGAUUUCCAGCUCAGGAGCGUCAUUCACGUCGAAGGUGACUUUGUACGAUAUGCCGGUGCAUAUUCGAGGUGGAUCAAUUCUGCCAAUGCACCAGCCAGCCCUCACUUCUGCAGCAGCUCGUCUCACACCUUUCGACAUCCUUGUCGCUCUGGAUUCAAACGGAAGUGCCAGCGGUGACUUGUACUUGGACGAUGGGGAGACUAUCAGCAACCCGGACGCCACGAUUGUCCAGUUCUCUGCAACAGUUGGUACUUUCACGUCUACUGUUACUCGAAACGACUACAUUGGUGCUCACACUAGUCGUGUGGACAAAGUCACGGUGCUUGGCGUGACGUCUUCACCGUCACGUGUGUCUCUCGGUUCCAUCUCCAAGUACGAUUCGACUACGCAGUGCCUCGAGAUCAGCCUCUCGGGUGUCAAGCAGGCUAUCGACUCUAGCUUUAGAAUCACGUGGAGUUAA